GGGAACACGGGGCGCCUUCAGGCACCGCAGCCCCGCCGUCGGGACGGGCGCUGGAGCGGCGGGGACGUGAGGCACCGCCGGCUCCCGGGGAGUGCCGCUCGUCUCGGAGGCGUGAGGACCGGGGACGCCGCCCUCACCCCUUGCGUUGUGGGAAUGUGGGUGCCACCCGGUGUUUUGAGUCUUACACAAUCUUGAAACAAGGUAAUAACAUCGCUGAGGUUGUGCUAGGGGAUCUCGGCUUCCCAAAUGUGCGCCAGGGAGAUGCUAAAUUUGACAGCUAAAUUUGUCCCCCUUUUACUGUCAUCCUCAGACUCCUUUGCUACCAGCACUAAUAAUAAAAUGUAGUUAUCAUUUCUCUAGCAACAGUAAAAAACUGAGAUAAGUGAGGUGAUGUCACUUUAGCCUUAGGGAAGUGUUUAUAAAGAUGUUCCAGAAAAGAAGAAUGGACCAGUGUUAAAAAGUUAAUUUUAUAAUUUUGUUUUCCAUUAAGGAAAAAAACAAGGAAAAUAUCUUUUUUUUUUAAAGAAUUUUCAACACAUUUAAAGGAGCAGGCCGGUGAACUCAUCAGCAGGAAAAAAAAAACAAGGUGGUAAAUACUGAAGAUAUUAUGAGCUAAAGACUUUAGAAUUUGUGCUGCAAGGGUUGGAGGGUGGCAAAUGUUAAUGUAACACAAUGGGUCUUAAGGAAUAAAAAGAAAACCUGAUAAAAUUGGAAAAUGGCCUUGACUGGCAAAGUGGGAAUUAUCUUGAAAGCAGAAAAUGUCAGAGUAUCUUAGCAGUUACUAAAGAAACCUGAAGGUUAAUCUUUCUUACAGAAACUAAGAAAGGUCAGGGAAGAAGAUGAGAUGGUUUGCAGUCAGCAUGUGUAUGUGGGGCUAUGAAACCCUAAGCAGCAACUUUCCUUUAGUCUGCAGCACAAAAAUGAAGAUUUAACUCUAGCCAGGGAAGAAAAUAUUAAAAAAUAGUGAUCCAGGCAAUGUAACUGCAUUAGUUUGGUUGGCACCAGCAGGCUCCCUGGCUCUGGGAUGGGACAAAGGAAACUCCUUACCAAAGGUACUGGAUAGGGUAUACUGAGAUUUUUUUUUUUUUAGGAAAAGAGAGCUGGAGACUUGAUUGCUUUGUGCUGUCUCUAGUGGUUCUGAACUUUAAUGAAGCAAUUGAUGUUGCUGCUUGGGAAACAUCUGCUCAGUUGGAGGUGGACACUGGUAGAAAAGGAGCACAAGGAAGGGUGGGCUAAAGGUUUGAGUGAGGUAGGAGAGGCUGUGGUUCAUAUACUUCUUGAAGAAUCCAUCAGUCUUAUGGCUGAGUUAAUCUUUAAGGUCUGUUGGCUCCUAAAAGGCAUUUCUUUCAGAGGCAGUGCUCAGCAAUCCACCUCUUCUGUGCCAUUGAAAUGCACCUGUGAUGCCACAAUGGCAAUCACUGGCCCCAGCCUCAUAACACUCUUCAGCAGUAGACACUAAAGCAUUUCACGAAGUUACAUGAUAGUUAUUGCUAUUAUUAUAUAGGGAGGGAACUUGAAGGAUUGAGAGUUAAAGGUGGGAGGCAUUAUUGGAAAUAAAGCACAGGAGUUAAACUCAGUGAGCUACUUGAUCUUAAGCAUGGUUUCAUGGUGUAAAGGAUUGUUAUACAUUCCUAGGCCCAAGAAAGUAGAAAAUUUGAAAGUGAGCUGUGGUAAGUGACUUCAGAAAGAAAAAAAAAAGUAUAGGUAGCUCAGCAGUUUUUCUGAGUGCACUUAUUUCUAAAGGAAUUUAUGAAGGCAUGCACAACACAGCAAUUAUGGGAAUAUAACAGUAAAUGAAAAUUGCAUAAACUUUCUAGAAUUGGCAAUAUAAUAUUUUAUGGAGUUCAUCUUUCUGGCUUCCCCUCCUCUACACCUCAACAUGAUUCAUUUGGGCUCCUUCAAACAGAUCUGGAGAUACAGAGAAAUAAUUUUCUAGCUGACAUUCUUUCUUUAGCAUUGGCAUUUCAAAAUUUUUGUCAGUGUUGCUGAAAGAGAAUAAAGAAACAGUGUUAGGAGUGGUGUAGAUUAGAAAACAUGCAAGAUUUGUAUUAUUAAGAUGUCCUGUGGUAAUUAAAGUCUUUGUUUCAUAACAUGGUGACAGUGCAAUGUCAGGCUUUUUGGUACAGUGUGACAGCAGCUCAGCAGAUGGGUAUGAAAAGAGGUUCUUGUGCCUACACACACACACAGACACACACACACACAGGAGGGGUUUGUUGUUGCAAGAUACAAAUCUGUUGUCUUAAUUUAGGCUCUGCCUUCAUUUAGCAGAGAAGCCAGUGACUUGUAACCUAAAGUUGUACAGCUUUUAAAAUUAGGCAGUUUGUCUUUGCUCUUCCAAAACCACCACAACAACAAGGAAAAUCCUGUUUAUGUGCUUGCCUUGGCCUUGAAAUGAUAUGGUGAACAAGGCCAGUGUGGGCCUGCUGCUCUCCAGUGCUGAUGGAUGGUAACAAUAACAGCCCUGAUCUUGCAAGACCUUUACUUGCUCCAAAAAAUCUUCCAGCAAAACAAUGCACGUAGCAUUAUAUAAAGACAAAGUAAUGAAAACAAUAUUGUUUUGUUAUGUGCAGUGAAGCACCUCCCCUUUUUCGUUUGGAAUGAGGAAGGCUGAGUAAACAAAAUUACUCUAAGCUCAUGUUGAGCUGUUGAAAACCAUAGAAAUGCCAGAGCUUGGCCUUUGCAGUCCUUAUAUUUUCAGAAUUAGGACCUCAGUUAGACAAGAAUUCCAACCAAAGCUGUGGUUCAUAAACAAAGGUUGGAAGUGGGAGUCAUGAAAGGGCUCAGUGUAGGAGAGAUGAACUUUAGGCAGAGUUGGGUUUUAUUGGAAGUCUUGCAGAUUUUCUGUGAAACUGAUUUACAGAAGAUACUAGUAGUGAGUCAUGGUGAAGCUGUGAGGUCAGCACAGGAACAGAUGGUGAAAUCUGAGGGGUAAAUGAAAGAGCAGAGAAAACAUAGAUGGGAGAGAACUCAAAUUAAGAGUGGAGGUUAUGCUUCAAUAUGUACAAAAAUUUUGAAAUUAGCAUCCUGAAAUGCAGAUAUUUUUGGUGUCAGGUAAUGUGGUGGUAUAAAGACAGGUGGUGAGGAAGAGUGCCAUAUCUAGGAGAACUCUUCAGUGAAUUAACUUAAUGUUCAUUUAGGAGGACUGACUAUGUCACAUCUACAUUAUCUGGAGUUUGUUUAUCAAGUCUGCUGCUUGCAGUUUAGCACCUAAUGAUUCCACUUAAUUUGUGUUUGCUGCAAGCUGGGUACUGUAAACACUGCCACAGAAUUAAAUGAGAAGUUUAAUAAGAAUAACACAGUGACAAAUCAGUAUUUUUCUGUUUCAAGUGAUUUCUGUGAACAUCCAUGGAAGAAUAAAAGGAUUUGAAAGCUACAUCCUUGAGACAUUUGUGUAGCUUUUGUUGCACAGAGAAAUGCUGAAAUUUCAAGAAACUGUUAAGCAUGUCCCUGCUGCCAGAUUUAAUUCUGCUUGCUCGGAUGCUGUGAUUGCAAGAAGAUACACUAUUCAGAGGAAACUUGGCAAUGGAAGCUUUGGAAGUGUGUAUUUGGUUAAUGACAGAAAAGCAAAACAAGGAGAAAAAUUAAAGGUCCUAAAGGAAAUCUCUGUUGGAAACCUAAAGCCUAAUGAAACAGUUGAAGCAAAUCUGGAAGCACAACUACUCUCCAAAUUAGACCAUCCAGCCAUUGUCAAAUUUUAUGCAAGCUUUGUGGAGCGAGAUAGUUUCUGCAUUAUCACUGAGUAUUGUGAGGGUGGAGAUCUAGACUUUAAAAUUCAAGAGUACAGAGAUUCUGGGAAGAUGUUCACUCAAAGUCAAGUAAUAGACUGGUUUAUACAGUUGUUACUCGGAGUCAACUAUAUGCAUGAAAGACGGAUACUUCACAGGGAUUUGAAAGCCAAGAAUAUAUUUUUGAAAGAUAAUCUUCUUAAAAUUGGAGACUUUGGAGUUUCUUGUCUUUUGAUGGGUUCAUGUGAUCUUGCAACUACUUUUACUGGGACACCAUACUACAUGAGUCCAGAAGUAUUGAAGCACCAGGGAUAUAAUACAAAAUCUGACAUUUGGUCUCUGGGAUGCAUUUUGUAUGAGAUGUGCUGUAUGAACCAUGCAUUCACUGGACAGAAUUUUUUGUCUGUUGUGUUAAAAAUUGUGGAAGGUGAAACACCUUCUCUUCCUGAUACAUAUCCAAGCAAGCUGAAUGCUGUACUAUGCAGCAUGUUAAGUAAGAAUCCUUCAUUGAGACCAGCAGCAGCAGAGAUCCUAAAAUCCCCUUAUAUUGAUGAGCAACUGCAGAAAAUACAGUACAAGUUCAGAAAAAUGACUGUGAAAGACAAGCCACAUAACUGUCAGAAAGAAACUGCUCCCAUUUUUGGUGCUGUGCAGAAGAAAGUUCAUUUGCAAACUCUGCAGGAACUUUCUGAAGUUCAGAAAAUGACACCGCGGGAACGAAUGCGGCUGAGGAAGUUAAAUGCUGCAGAUGAGAAGGCAAAGAAGUUAAAGCAGCUGGCAGAAGAAAAAUACCAAGAAAAUAUCAAAAGAAUGCAAGAAUUCAGGUCCCGUAAUUUUCAGCAGCUGAAUGUCAAUGUCCUACAUGAAUCUGAUCAGCAGACUUCAAAACACCUCAUUCAUUCUCAGCCAGCUGCUGUGGGCAACUAUGUGUCCACAGGACAGGAACCAAGAGGGAAUGGGACAAGUGAACUCGGCAUGUCUGAACUUACAGACCAUGAGAUCCCUGAAGACCCAGAAAUUGCAGAAGAAUAUUAUAAAGAUGAGUUUGAAUCCUAUUCAGAGGACAGUGAAGAGGAGGAAGAUGUAGAAUUGUCAUGGACAGUCUCUAAGACAAAUCACCAGGACAGUGAUAUGGAGGCAAUGGUUGAGUAUUUGGAGAGUGUCCUGAAUAGCAGAUCAUUGGGCUCGAGGACUGUCACCAGAGUGUCUCCAGGGGUGCCCCAGGGAUUCAGAGCUCUCAAUGGCACAAUGGCUGAGACCAAGCUGAAACGCAUGAGGGAAUCUGCCAUUGGGAAGCUGGGAGAGGAGGCAUUUGAGGCGGUGUACAGCUGUCUCAAACAAGCAAGAAAGCAGAAUGCCAGUGAGGAGGAGAUCAGGAGCUGUCUGGAGAAACUGGUUUCUAGAGCAAGUGAUUGCUUCGAAGUGGAUCAGCUGCUGUACUUCGAGGAACAGCUACAGGCUUUAGAGCCACAUCUCCAGCUGUAACUGUGUGUCUGCAACAGCUGGGAAUGGCACCGAGGGGGAAGGGGCCUCCUUCAGGCCGGGCAAUAUAGGAGUGUGUACAAAUCACCAACAGGAUGGCACUGCUAAGGAACUUAUCUCAAGCUGUUUUAUUUUCUAGCCUCAGUCUCAUUGCUUGGCUAUGACAAUGGGAAGAUGCCAGCAGCUCAGGUCUCCGGCCGCAGACAAAGAACUUAAUGUUACAACUUGAUUUAAAAGUUUUUUAACCAAUCACACAAAGCAAAAGAAUAUUGACAGUAGUUCUGUCCAACCACUAUAAGCACAUGUACCAUCAGUUAAAACAAUGUUUGCUUAUUUAGAAUACAAUACUUGAUUGUAAACCUUAAGAUACAAUGUACAGAGCUCUAUUAUGAAGCUUAGAACGUCCUAAUAUCUUGCUAGAUAUACUUUUCUGUAGCUUAGGAGUUAUUCUAAGCAUUAAUACACAGACCAUUGUUCUAUUUGUCCUUACUUUUCUAUUUCUUAUGUAAUUUUGCUGCUGACCAAUCUUAUGGCUACUGCCUAGCUCCAAUUGCAAUUCUGCUGUCUUUGAGGCCUGCCUUUUGCAGCUUUCCCAAAACCCUCUGAUUUUAAAGAUUCCCACACAGGAGGUAUUUGGAGGACACUGCUGAAAGUAAGGUAGUAGAUAAUCAUGUGGCUAAGCUCCAUUUGAGAGUCCAGACUGCAGUGAGAAGUGGGUAAAUAUGGCACUAAUUUAAGGGGCAGGAAGAAGAAGAUGUUUAUGACAGCAGAGCAAAGAUUCACAGUUACCUGAGUCCCCUUCUUCUGCCACUUAAAGCAAAGGAAGGGUGUUCUGGGCCAUGGUUGGAUGCCAGUCCUGCACUCAGAGCAACACUAGCAAAGCUGCUUUUGAUGGAAUGAUGAAGGAUUAGACUCAAGCUGCUGUUGAUUUCUGUGCUAAUUCAUCCUUGUGAUGCUUAAGCCCAUGAUUUUUGUAAUAUGGCAGAUUUACUCUUAAACAUAUAUGUAUAUGUAUGGCCACACAGCUCCUAAUUGUCUUGUUAUUAUUGAUUGUUCCAAAGGGCUGCAUUUAAUCUGAGCUUCAGGGGAACUGUGGACAUACAUACGUAUGUGCAUAUUUAUAUACAUAUAUGCAUGUUCACAUACACAGUGAUAGGUGUGUAUAUUCAUAAUGGCAGAAGUAUGUCUGGUCAUACACUGUACUCGUCUAAAGAGUUUUGGAUUAAAUUCAUUAUUCAAAAAUGGGAAAAUAAACUGAUUUUUUUUUCUUCCUUGCACAUUAUUACCAUUAAUGUUCUUUCUUAGUGUUUAUGCUCCCUUCUUCAUAUGCAUCCCACUCCUGCUCAUUUCAACUGUCUAUCAGGCUCUGAUUAUAUACUUUCUGUUUUCCUUCUACCUCUUCCUUCCUUGUUCUGCAUUCUGAGCUCCUUCCUCCAUCUGUGUAAAAGACUAAAGGUUAACAAAGGAUUGGUAAAGGAAUCUAAAAUGAAUUGUAGGCCAAAUGAAUUUUAGGCAUUGAGCCAUUAUCAUAAUCUGUAUGCUUCCUGCUUUU